UAACUUUAUUGCAGUUUAUUGUUUGAUAACAGCAUUUUGGUUAUUUUGUAAGUGAUUUAAGUGUUAGCCACAUGUUUAGUGAGAGCUGUUAAUUAUAGAUUUAAUUUUCUGCUAAAAGGGAGUAUUUAACAGGUAUUUCAUUAGAAAACUGCGUUUCCCAGAAUCCUUUGUGGUAGAGGAAAGGUACUCUGGGUUAGCUAGCGAAGAAAGUUUCGGGAAGCCAUUAUAUGUUGCUGAUGUCGAGCAGUUUAUUUGUUGUACAUUCCCCUUUUUGAAGCCUUAUAUAAAGACUAUCGUUUCUACAAUUGAUGUCCGAUCCAUUUUUUUGGCUAAGUGGAUUCGCCACAACAUUUUUUGGUGCCGAAACCCGGGAGAAAUGAGCGAACAGGAUUUACGCGGAGCCGCCGCCGAAGCUGCGGGAGUGGCGGAUGACGAGCAUCAGAGAGAAAUGGAAAGAACAAAACGGAAACGUGGGACGAUAAGAGGUGCUACCACACGACUUGUACAUCAAAUUGACUCCGAAAUGGCUAAACCAGAUCCGGACACUGACCAUCUGAGCACAUUACUGGAAAUGCUGUCGGCAAAGGAGCUCAGUUUGUAUGCCUUAGAUAGUGAAAUAGAACGUAAAACAGCUCUGGAUGACCUGGAAAUGGAGAUCGAAAGCGCAGAGGGAUAUAAGGAGCGCAUCAUCCUGUCCAAGAGCCGUGCACGGCGCAUAAUUAAGAGAAAUGAGGAUUGCCGCGAACGAGCCGCGCAUCAAAGGAAAUGAGCUACAGGAGGCCUUGUGCCGCUACACCACAGACACCCUCAUCUACAUCCACACAGUGAGAGCAUUCUGUGAGAUGUUCUCUAAAUGGAUGCUCUGGAGAAACACCGAGGUAGAAAUGAUGAGGGAUAUCAAAGAUAGACUUGAAGCACUUGACCUAAACAUCAACCAUGUUACUAAGUCAGAGGAAAAAGGUAAAGCCUUUGUGGAGUAUAUGAAGAGCAAGAUGACUGUGAAUGUAGACAGCAAGCGUGCAGAGCUGGAGAAUGAGCUGGUUGAAGUGUUGAAGGACACUGCAAGUGGCCUGGAGAGUCUCAGCAGCUUCCUGGAUGCGGUGGAGAAGCUGGCAGUGACCUCGCUGCAUGUGUUCACGGAGAACCAGGUGUUACACCUUCCAGAAGGGAUCAGUCCUGAGUAUGUUCAGGCUGUCAUCUUGGCUGCACGAGUGAUCUGUCCUCUGCUGCUGGAGUUUAAAAGAGACGACAACGCCUUCUUCCUUCCCAAACUCCAGAAUGUGGAAGUGCUGGCAUAUCAGCUGGACAGAUACAUACAGACCUCCAAGACAAUCUGUGAGAAGUUGGACAAAAGCUGCUUCAGUGACUUUGGUCUGAAGAUGGCUGUAGAAACUGUGGUUGAUCUUGAUGUGGAUUUGUCUGAGGAUGACAUACAGAGAAUGCUUGAUCAUGUAAAUCAGCUUGAUGAGAUCAGGAUGAACGAGCAGUUCCGAAUGGUGUUCUUGUUCCAGGAGGAACCGUGCCAUGGGUUCAUUAGUGAGUUCGACAAGCGACAGCCCACCAUGCUGCAGUUUCUAAAGGAGCUGGAGGAGACAGCUGUUCAGUUAGACAGAAUGAAUAAGGGGGCAAAGAUUUCCAGUGUGGCAGGCAGUUCUGUGGGGGCAGUUGGAGGUGUACUGUCCAUUGUUGGUUUGGCAUUAAGUCCUUUCACAGCAAGAGUUUCUCUAGCUUUGACAAUGACUGGAGUCGGGUUGGGAAUCACCAGUGGAGUCAACAGCGUUGUGACCACUGCAACAGAGGUUGGAGUAAAUGCUACACAACGAAAGAAAGCCUCUGAAGUCUUCAAGAACUUUUUGGAGGAUGUAAAGAGUCUCCAGAGUUGUCUGAAGGUGGUUACCAGUCAAACCAUUGCCAAACUGGACGCAGUUGACCAACAUAUGGUUGUGGUAGUUGUCAAGAUUGCAGCUAAAGCUGGUGCUAUUGUAAAGGGUAUUGGUGCACUUGUUGAUUUAGCUUCUGCUGUCAAGGUGUUACAACCUGAAGAGCUGCUCAUGAGUGCUGAGAAAGUCGUGGCUCAAAAAGGACAAGCGUUACGUAAUGCACCCAGGGUUGCCUCAGACAUCCCAGAUAUUGGUCAGGCAGCAGCCAAAGGGACCCUUGCACUCUCCAAGUCAGCAAGAGCAGGUUUCAUUGCAGUUAAUGCUCUCUUCCUCGGCAUUAAUAUUUUCUCCAUCUGUAAAGACAGCAUCAGUCUGGCUAAAGGCAGCGAGACUGAAGUCUCACAAUUCAUCAGAGCACGAGCUGCACUUUGGAGUUCAGAGAUCGACUCAUGGCAGAAGAUGCAUGACUCUCUGAAUGAAGGUUUGCCAACAUCAGAAAAUAAGAAGGCUGUCCUGGAGACUCCAAUUUAUCUGGAGAUGGAGGUGAAGAAACAGAGUGAAGCAGAAAGGGUAGAACCAUCUGUCGAAUGAUUAAAAAAACUGCAAUGAAACAGUUGUAAAUUACUGAUCACUGAAGUGCUCGACUCAUGCUAACUGAAACUAUGAUCAGAUCAUAGAGCCGUUUUAUGUGGAAAAUGUUUGAAAGCAAUCCUCAGACUGUAGGUCUUUUCAGUAACAGCACGCAGCGAGGCAUCCUCAUGCUGUAAUUACAUUAAUUGCCAAUAAGUCAACUGAAAAAAAUAUAUAUUCUAGAGUUGUGAUUACUGCAAUAUAAAGUAUCAGAGAAAAUAUCUGUCAAUGCAAAAUUUGAAUAAUAUAUGUGAUUUGUACAUAAUUCUGCUGAACAUUUUAUUUGCACAGUCAAAUAUAAAACCUUAUUAAUAACAUUAUUUAAGAAUUACUUCCAGAUAUAGACAUUUUUUUCUGUAAUAUAGUUCUGUUAUUACACAGUAAUUACAUGAAGUUCUGGUGCACAGAUUUUAGAACAGAUGAAAUAUUCUUGUACCAGUCUGACCCGUCUGCUGUGUGUGUACUGCACUGGUAAUUUAACAGCAGCACUAAUCACAUGUAAUGAUCAUAAUGUAAAUGUAGUCUGUUUCUUUUUGCAUAAAUACUUGUAUCCUUAAAUUUUCCCUCUGUUGAUAUAUAAAGUUUUAACUUAUCCAGUGAAA